AUACAAAGCUUGAAAUGUCGUUUCGCUCGACUGGGUUGUCUCCUAUGCUUACGAGCCAGUGUUGUUCCAAUAGUGCUUAAUUAAAAUUCUAUAGUUAUUGUCCGUGAAAUCUACGCCAGGGAUGGACAGAGAAAUCGCUCUUUUAAGACAAGUGGAGAUUUGUUUCUUUGGCUCUUCGAAAUCUAUAGCCAGAGGAAAGCUGGUUUCCUACGAAAUUUCUGGCAUGGAUUCCCUCAAACGCUCAUUGCAAAAUAGCUACUUCGAUCUCGAACCUGAUCAUCAGAAAAUGAGGAUAUCAUCAUGGUGUCAUAUGGCUCAGAAUCAGUCACUGAGAGCUGCCCAGCUUUCAAAGAUGGCUGUCCUUAUUCUACGAUUACACAAGACCUUUUCAUGGAAGAAAUCAAGAAAUGCCCUGAGUUCAAACAAGGAUGCCCCUUUAAGAAUUCAGACAAUGUGAAGGACAUCCUGAAAGAACUUUCCAAGAUGCCAGAGAUAAAACAUCGCUCGGGAUCGACACAUGAACAUCUACUUAACUUGCUGAAAGCCAUCCACACUCGGUCUAAAAAGCUGGAAGAGAAGGUUGGAGAGUGUCCAGCAUUCAAGACAGAGGAAGGCUGUCCUUUCAAAGAAGCCAGCAAGGAAGGAAAACCUUUGAUAGAGCCACCAGCAGCUGUAUUAGAAGGGUUAACUUCCUCUGAUGUCAGUAAACUUAAGGAAAAGUGUCCUGCUUUCAAAGAAGGGUGUCCAUUUGCCAACAUGGAUAAUGAUGCUCUUUUGGAAGAAAUUAAGAAAUGCCCAGAGUUUAAAGAAGGAUGUGCCUUCAAGGAUUCUAAAACGAUUGAAGAAAUCUACAGUAAGCUUUCGCAGAUUCCAGGCAGCGACAAGGACUGCCACCAUAAAGAAGGUCUGAUGAAGACCAUGAAAGUCAUUCACAGUGUAAGCCACGAGAGAGCUGACAAGUGCCCAAUUCUUCAGAAGGAUGGUUGUCCAUUUAAAGCUGUUGAGAGUGGAGGAAAGCCACUUUUCAGUCCAGUGGACUCUGUGUUGCCUUUGGAGUCAAAGUCAGAGGAACCUGCUACCCAUUUUGUUAACCUCAUGGAUUUAAAAGAAACUUGCCCUGCAUUUGCAUCUGGAUGUCCAUUUGCAAAAGCUGGAGACAAACAGUUAGACAAAGAGCUGAAACAGUGUCCUGAAUUCAAAGAUGGCUGCCCUCAUAAGGACAGUGAAACUAUUGGAGAUGUUUACAAAAAGCUUGCCAAUCUUCCAUCCUUCUCUGUGGAGGGAUCACAUGGUGCUAAGCUUGUAGAAAUUUUUAAGCAGAUACAUGAAGUGUCCCACGGCUUGAAAGACGAAAUGGGGGAGUGUCCCGUAUUUGUGACAGCGGGAGGAUGUCCAUUCAAGACUGUCUGCAGUGAUGGCAAACUACUGGUGGACAAGCUGGAUGGUCAACGUUGGACAAAGAUUUUUCAGAAUGCAAUUGAUGACAUCAUAGAAGAUGUGAAUAAAGAAAUUGAGGAAACAGAACCCUCUAUUCAUCUCUCAAAGGAGUUGAAGAAAGGCACCAAACCAAUCCACCGAGAAGCAGAAAACAUUCACUUUGUAAAGGAGUUUGCCAAAGGAAGAAUUGAGAGACAGUGGUAUAAAGAACUACUGGCUGAUCUUUACUUUGUCUACAGAGCACUUGAAGGAGAGAGUGAGAGACAUAAAGAUCAUGACAUGUUGAAAGCAGUGCAUUUUCCUAAAGAACUUGGUCGUCUGCAGUCCUUGGAAGAAGAUAUGGAGUUUUAUUUUGGAGAGGAAUGGAAGGAGCAAGUUGAAAUGUCUGCGGCUACAAAAGCCUACGUGGACAGAAUCCAUGAAGUAGCUGAUAAGGACCCAGCUCUAUUGAUAGCUCAUCAUUACACCAGGUACCUAGGGGAUUUGUCUGGUGGACAAAUCUUACGCAAAAUGGCCACUAAAGCUAUGGAUCUCCCAAGUACUGGAGAAGGAGUGCACUUCUAUGUUUUUGAUAACAUUCCUGAUGCUAAGAAGUUUAAGAACAAGUACAGAUCCUGCCUUGAUGAACUCAGCAUUGACAAAGCCAAAUCAGAUGAGAUUGUCAAAGAAGCAAAUUAUGUUUUCCUGCUCAACAUCCAUUUGUUUGAGGAGAUAGAUGCUCUGGCUGGAUAUGAGGAUCAGGUGACCAAGAAGAAAAAGAAGCUGACAUUUGAAGAGGUCUACAGCAGCAUUGAUACCAGUAAAGAUCAGUCUCCUGGGAUGUGUCCAUUUGCAGCUAUGGCCAAGAAACCUGCACAAGGAAACACAACAGCUCAAAGCAGUGAUGGAUGGAGCAUUCAUCCAGUGCUUCUGGCCAUAAUUAUUGCAACUGCAGCCAUUCUUGUAGGGCUGGUAUUCACCAAAAUAAAGUGAAACAGCACAUUAAUUAAUGUGUUGUUUGUAUGGAAAACAAUGCUUUCAAAACAAAUUUAAAUGAAAAUGACAAACAAUAUUUAUCCUUGAUUUAAUUCAGAGUAGCAGUUAUGAUAUAAUAGUUAUUAUUUAAUGAGAGUACAAGAUCAAGGUGUUUGAUUGGAGAACAAAAAUGAUCUUAAUGAGGAAUUAAUGGUUAGUGUGUAUCAUAGAACUAGUUCUUUGUUUUUUGCUUUCAAUUUCUAACUUUUGACAAACAAGGCUGACUUUUGGUGAAAGUGAUUGAAGCAUCAACUCUAGAAAUAAUUUUUGAAUAUGGCUGCUGGAACAGGACAAUGUCCAAAAAAGUUAUUUUGGUUAAAAUAAGACAAGGUAUGAGGCAUUAGUAAAGAAACUGAAUACUAACUUUUUUAAUGAAUACUUGAAGUAGUUGAUCCUAAAGGGAUUAUCAGCUGUACUUCUGAAACUCUGGACAGUUGUGCUUCGUUGAGAUAAGGACAUUUUGAUUCAGAUUUCUUCUGCACAAUGGUGAUGCAGUAUUACUUUUUCUACAAUUUAUAAUUUAUUUAGACUACUGGUAUUUAGAGUGUUAACAUCAGCUGUUCAAUCGAAUGAUUUAAUUGAUAUAUUGACAAAUUGAUAUAUUUUCAGAAAUAUACAUUGUUAGUUAUUUUGGCAUAAAAAUGGUGCAUUUUUCUUUCACUGCUGUUGCCUGCACACCCCAUGAGAGUUUACAAUAUUUUGAUACUGGUAAUAUUCUGGAAUUAUCGAUGUCCUGAUAACACAGCCUGAAAGGUUUAUUAAGUGCAAAACAUAUCAGAGGUAGUGGAAAACUUCUAAAUCACCAAAAAAAAGGUGUAGUCAAAGGAGUUAAGUGUUUUAACCCUGGAUUAAAAUAAAUGAGCUCAA